UAAAUUUUAAUGGCUAUAAAAUUAAUUUUGGAAACAUUUAAGGUGAUAAAGUCAUAUAACCAGCACAGUUAGCUAUUUGACAGCUGGGCUGAAUCUGGCUCAAUUCCACUUAGUUUAAUUACAUCAAAGUUUCAUAAAUAAAUAUAAGUAACCUGCUCAUGAAUACAGCAAAUAUUAUUUUAGCAUCUAAAUUUGCUGCAUCUGUAGCUGAAGUACACCAGAAAAUACAAGUAUACAAAAUGUUAAUAUAAGCCACUUUAAAAAUGACCCACCAGCUGUUCUCACGGGCUGCAUGUUGUGUAAUUGGCUUAAUUGAACACUAGGUGGCACCGCUGUUGCUUAUUUACCAGAGAAUAAAGGGGCCGUUAAUAAUUUUUAAAAAAAAAUCGAUGUAGCUGAUGUUACAAUAAACUGACUUUGUUUAUUUAAUUAAUUAGUUGUACUUAUGAUGUAUGCUGCCAGACUAAUGUUCCGAAACCAUUUACGAAAGCGAAUGUGCACGCCCCCUCACCCCCUGGUGUCCUGCGCCUACUAUAAGUGCGCGUUCACGCUGCUGACUGUGUUGUCUGCUGUUUGUGUGGAGCAGCUGUCGGUCGGAUAGUAUCUGUGGGUCCACAGGAACGGAAACAUGGACGCAGAGUGAUUAUUGGUCUUUCUCGGGAAAAAUCUUAACCGGAGCUCACUUUGCAAACACACUUUUACCUUUGCAGGACUUUCCCCACCUCUCAUGUGUGGUCGAGCGUGUUUCCACAACCGAGCAUGCUUUUAUCGUUGCCUUUGUUUAAUGUGCGACUUGAUUAAAAUAUCCGGCAGCGGAAGAAACUGCCUGCUUUACUACUGAGAGGCUAAUUUAGGCUGAAGCCUAACUUUUUCUCCGGGCAGUGAUGUCUUCGGAUCGUGUGGAUUACAUUGCGCCGUGGUGGACUUACUGGCUUCACAAUUUUCCUCAUAUCAAUCUGAGGUUUCAGCCCAUUGAUAAGACCUUCCAGCCUGAAGAUGAGAACUACCAGCAGUCACUCAUAUUCCUGGGCUGUGUGGCGGCGGCGGGGCUUGGCCUCAACCUUCUGUGUCUGGCCAUCUACCUGAGUUGCUUGUGCUGCUGCCGUAAAGAGGAGGAGGAGGAAAGCAAGAAACCUAAUUCCUGCUGCGUCACCUGGUCGGCAGUCGCCGCCGGCCUCAUCACAUGCGUCGCAGUGGGUGUGGGUUUCUAUGGCAACAGCGAGACCAAUGACGGUGUAUACCAGAUGACCUACUCCUUGUACAACGCCAAUCACACGCUGGGUGGAGUGGACAGUCUGGGGAUCACUCUUCCUUUCGGGCUUAAACAGGUUUCAGGCACCAUGGGCAACAUGAGGAGUGGGCUGCACCAGCACCUUGCGAGGCUUGAUGAGAUCUUUGCAACACGGGGCGACUACGUGCAGACCCUGCAGUUCAUGCAGCAGAUGGCUGACAAUGUGAUCAAACAGCUGCUCGGACUGUCUGACUGGGAAAAAGCUAAAGUGGACCUGGCAUCCAUUGCCGAUCAGUCAGCAACCAUAGAGUACUACAGGUGGCUCACAUACCUGCUGCUCCUCAUCCUGGACCUGAUCAUCUGCCUGCUGGCCUGUCUGGGACUGGCCAAGCAGUCCCGCUGGCUGCUCACAACGAUGAUGGUGUUUGGAGUGCUGACGCUAGUCCUGAGCUGGACUUCACUGGGAGCUGACCUGGCAACCGCUGUGGGCACGAGUGAUUUCUGCAUUUCCCCUGACAAAUACAUCAUGAGUAAAACAAAGGAUGUCAUCAGUGCUGAUAUUGUUCAUUACUAUCUGUACUGCAACCAGACUCUCUCCAACCCCUUCCAGCAGCCUCUGGCCAUCUUCCAGAGGUCUCUGACCACCAUGCAGAUCCAGAUCCAGGGUCUGUUGCAGUUUGCUGUACCACUGUUUCCUACGGCUGAGAGAGAUCUCCUGGGUAUACAACAUUUGCUCAACUCCUCGGAGGCCAGUCUGCACCAGCUGACCGCCCUGCUGGACUGCAGGGGGCUCAACAAGGACUACCUGGAUGCAAUGGUGGGGGUGUGCUAUGAUGGAGUGGAGGGUGUACUGUACCUCUGCCUGUUCUCCAUUCUGGCAGCCUGUGCCUUCACUGUCAUGCUGUGUGCCAUUCCCAGGGCAUGGAGACAAAUUGCCUGCAGGGAACAAGAUUACGAUGACAUGGAUGAGGAGGACCCGUUCAACCCACGGGCAAGGAGAUUAGGGUCUCAGAACCCUGACCACACCAACAUGCACAGCUUCUGCAGCUACAGCAGCAGCAUGGGCAGCCAGACCAGCCUGCACCCGCCCGCCCCGGCUGUCUCCAAUGCCCCAAUGUCUGAGUACAUGAACCACACAGCUCUUUUCGGGGGAAAUCCACGGUAUGAGAAUGUGCCUCUGAUAGGACGAGGCUCUCCACCCCCAUCGAUAUACUCUCAGCAGUAUAGAAAUCGAUACUCUCCCACUAUGAGGGCCACCUACCUGUCCAUGACCGAAGAACAGAGGAGACACUUUGGAAAUGACUUCCAAGCAUAGACUUCCCUGUUUGCCCAAGGAGAGAAGCAGCAUCGCAUACCAUCUACAAGACAGCAACAUGCAGCUGAUAGAAGACUCACAGAGGAAACUGUGUGGCUUCACGUCGGUCAGGACUCCAGCGUGUGGAGUCUAAUGAUAAUGGAACAAUAUCUGUAAUCUUCUCUCUGUUCUUUUAGCUCAUUCAUGACAUUUCUAUCCUUUCUUGGAGAACGUGCUAGACGUUUCCAAGAAGUGCUGUCAAACUUAACAAGCUCUUAAUCUGUUUUGUCCUUUGAUACCCUCACACGCUCUUUUAAACAUAUAAAAAAACCACACAAAAAAAAAGUUGUUUCCCAAUAAUGUAAAAAAGAAAGUUUAAAUUCAGUUGAGAUCUCUCUCUCUGCCUUUGAAAUGGAGAUGUGUACUAAUUUUGACAUCUUAUAUUUGAGUCUCCAAAGAUAAAAGAUGUGAACGCGAUAGCUCAUGCAUCGUUAUUUUCUAUGUAGUGUGCUCCAUGCGUGAUAUUCGUGAAGCACAGAGCCAGCACUGGCAGCACACAGCAGGAGUUUGUGGAGCAGUAUAAUUUAUUUGCAGUCUCACACACACACAAACACGCCUGCUAGUGAAGCUUUAGGAGUCUACAGAGACGAGACUACCUUGAGACCAUGGCUUCUGUAAAUAAGUUGUAAAAUAACAGAUUGUUGUCUUAUUCUGUUUUAUGUUUAAACUGUGUGCCAUUUUUAUAUACUUUUUCUAGUUCUGUCCAGCAAUACAUAGGACCACUAUUUUUUGUAUUUUCUAAUGGGCCAUUAAUUCAUACUCCCUGUAUAUCUAAGCCAACUAAUCCAAUAAAGUCGUCAUUCCUAUUGUGAUUCGGGAAGCUGUGCUGCUCUCUGAUUAAUGAAUCCAGGUAAUUACUUUCACCAUAGCAAACAAUCCAAACAAUACAUGUUUGUACCGACUAACGAUGACUUUCUGUGUGGAUUGGAUAUAUGCCGUGUCAUUAAUACGUUUUGUGUGUUUGUUUCAGCAUGUUGCACUGUACAGGCACAGAGAGUGGUGCUUAAUUUUGUUUGUGUGUGUGUGUGUGUGCGUGUGUGUGUAUGUGUACGCAAACUUCAGGGUCUAAUCGUAAAUUGAAUAAACCAGCUUUGAGUA